GCUCAUUCGCUUUCGCCGCUGCUGCAGGUCGGCGUGCUGCUCGCCACCCUGGCGGCCUGCGUGCUGGGCGCGCCGAGCGCGGCGAUGGACGCCCCGGCCGCAGUCACGUCGGAGCAGAAGCAGCAGCCGAUGGAGCCGGGCCCACAGCCGGCCACAGAGUCCGAGGGGCACGCCAGGGACAAGCGUCGGCUGCCCGACCCCGGCUUCGUCAUCCCAGCCACGCCCAUGGGCUUCACUAAGCAGCAGCAGCAGUCGCAGCCGCAGCAGGCGCCCGCCGGCGCCCCCACCAACCCCCGGGAGAAGCACUCCGUGCAGUCCCCGCCCCGGCAGAAGAAGCUCUUCUACCCGCACGGCUCCGCGUCUGCCGGCCGUGACGAGCACAUGAAGGCCCUGCAGAACUUCCUGGGGCAGACCAGGAAGCUGGGCGUCCCGGACGAGCAGGCCCUCAAGCUGCUCGACAAGGAGCUGAACAAGGCCAAGCGGCAGCAGGGAGCGCAGCGGCCCGUGUACCACGCCACGCCGCUCAAGCCCUACGGCUCGCUCAUCAACUUCAACAGCGCGCCGUACGAGAAGCACCAGCUCAAGGGCCCCAUGAAGCCCAUCAGGGAGCAGCAGAACGACAUCCCACCGCCGACCAAACCCCUCGUCGUCGAGUCGGACCGGCAGAUCCUGAGGUCGGCCGCCGCCGCCCCGGGCGCGCACACCGAGGCCGUGGUGGUGCCGAGCGGGCCGCUGCCCGUGUCUGUACCCAUGCUGGUGCAGACCCAGCAGGCGCAGCAGCAGGCCCCGCAGCAGUACCCCGCCCAGAAGCACACGACCGCCCUCGCGCUGCCCAGCGCCCAGCCCAGCGGGCAAGCCGCCUACCAGGCCGUCGCCCUGCCCGUCCAGGCCUACCAGCAGCAGCCCGCCUACCAGCCCUCCUACCAGACCGCCUACCAGCCGCUCGAGGCGCACGCCACAGUCCUGCAGGAGGCGCAUCUCCAGCACGCCGUCGAGGCCCACGACCCGUCUGACAACGCGGUGAACAUCGAGGCUCUGCAGAGCUAUGCCCCCCAGCAGGAGGAGCACGUCGUGCACCGCCAGCCCCUGGUGGUGCCGCAGUCCGUCCAGCACGUCCAGGUGCAGCAGGUGCAGGAGGUGCAGCAGGGCCCCGUGUACGUCUACGAGCAGGAGCAGGCCAGAGUCCCCGAGGCCGAGGUGCACGUCGAGCUGCCGAAACAGGUCGCCGUCGUCGAGCCCGCCCAGCACGCCGUCGUGGCGGCGCCCGGCCUCUACCGCGAGCAGAAGGAGCACCAGGAGUACGCCUCCCAGUAUCGGUUCGGCUACCGCGUCCGGGACGAGCACGGCGGCAACGACUUCGGCCACGCCGAGACCCGUGAGGGUAAGAUGACAAAGGGCGAGUACUUCGUGACGCUGCCCGACGGCCGGCUGCAGAGCGUCAAGUACUGGGCCGAUCCGAGCGGCUACCACGCCCACGUGUCGUACACCAACCACGCGUCGCACCCCGCCCCCGCCCCCCAGCACCAACCCCACCAGCACUGACGGGCAAGCCCUGCGCGGGGCGGGGCGGGGCAGCGCCCAGUGACCCCAAGCCUAGUCAGCUCGAGUCAGCUCUACGGCAACGGAUCGGUGGUCUUCGGACGUCAGAUUUAUUGAUCGAUUAUCAGAGCAGGAAAGAGAAUGAAUUUGAGACCAUUUAAUUUAAUUCGUGGGUGCUCGUGCGUCCUGAUUUCAGGAAUUUCGAGCACUGUUGUUUUUGUUUUAAGUUUGUAUUGUUUUUAUUUUGUGUUGUUGACUAGUGUGUAAGUUUCUGUUAUGUUUUCUUGUUAAGCGAUUAACGGUGUAAUAGGACCCAUGCCAAAGCUGUACAGAGAGUUCCGACGCGUUUUACUCCCAGGAUGAAGUCUGACGGGUAUUGCAGUUUCAUGUAACGGGCUGCAACCCCAAUGCUUAUGUAGUGGCAUUCACAAGACUGUGCAAUAAGUGUCAAAAUAUUUAUUACCUUAUAGUUACUUGUCACCGUUAUCGAUAAUGCACGCGCAAAAUGAGAAAAAAUAAAAAUAUUUCUAAAGAUA